GUUUUUAGUUUUUUAGUUUUCUUUACUACUACUACUACUACUACUGGUCUUUUUUUUUUUUUACAAUAAAGAAGAUGGAAUAUAUUACAAACCUUUUCCUUCAAGAUAUUUCUAAUCCAACAAUAGAAUAUGAUGGUCAAAAUCAUAUUUUUCGUCAUCGUCAAGCAGAACAUGGAUUUAUUGAUACGCCCCUUUUCCCAAAGUUAAGAAAGGAGGAGUGUACGAUUGAUCAACUUUGGGGACAAACUGUAAAUGCUAAUAUGCAUAAACCUGUCUUUGGUUAUCGUCCACUUAAAAAUAUUUACUACAAGGAAUCUAAAUCUUCUCCUAAUGAAGGUAAACCUAAAAAAUGGUCUUAUUUUGAACUUGGUGAUUAUGAAUGGAUGAGUUAUCGUGAAGCAAAUGAAAAAAUUCAAAAAAUUGCUUCCAUUCUUCAACGUCAUGGUCUUCAACAUGGUGAUAUUGUCAUCUUAUUCUCUAAGACAAGAGCUGAAUGGAUGAUGACUGCUUUAGCUUGUUUGACCCUUGGAUUAGUGAUUACUACAGCCUAUGAUUCAAUGCCCGCUGAUUCAAUCAAUCAUAUCAUUAAAGAAACUGAAGCAAAGGCCAUUUUUACUGAGACUUCUUUAUUUAAAACUUUAAAUAAAGCCUAUGAAAAACUUGAAAAGAAGGAUCAACCAAAAUUUGUCUUUUAUGCUGGUCAUGAAUUUGAAGCACCAGAGGAAGUUCAAAAAUUCAAAAAUGGGAAAGCAGAUGAAGUGAAUAUGGUUCAUAUUGAUACUAUCAUCACAGAUAAGAAUCAAGAACAAGUUCAAGUUCAAGUUGAUGAGAAGCCUCAACCUAAUGAUCUUGCCUUAAUUAUGUAUACAUCUGGUUCUACAGGUGCUCCUAAGGGUGUUGAAUUAACACAUGCUAAUAUUAUUGCAGCCAUUGGUUCAGCAGAAUAUUUGGUCAUUGAUUUUUUGAAAUUUGGAAAUCAUUCUUAUAUUGGCUUUUUACCUCUUGCUCAUGUAUUGGAAUUCUUGGUUGAAUUGAUCAUGAUUUCAUUUACUAUCCCUAUUGGCUAUGGUAGUAUACGUACCUUGAUGAAUGACUUUGUCUGUGGUCCUGAUGGUAAAGGUAAAGGAGAAGGUGAUCUUAAGGCAUUAAAGCCUACCAUUAUGGCAGGUGUUCCUGCUGUUUGGGAAAAGAUCAAAAAGGGGAUUGAUGCUCAAUUAAAUAAACAGCAUUGGGCAGUUAAAAAAGUAUUUGAAGCUGCUAUCGAAAUGAAAUGGAAAAUGUUAAACUUCUUUGGUAAACCAAAUUCUAUCACUAAUUUAUACGAUUCUAUUAUCUUUGGUGCUAUUCGUGAUGUCACGGGUGGACGUUUACAAUAUGGUCUCUCGGGUGGUGCUCCUGUAUCAUUUGAAACACAAAAAUUUAUUACAUCCACUUUAUGCUACAUGCUUCAAGGUUAUGGCUUAACUGAAUGCUGUGGUUUGGGUGCUGUUACACUUCCAAGUUUAGGUAUAACUACAGGUGUCAUCGGUCCUCCUUCUCCUUCUAUUGAAUUUCGCUUCGUUGAUGUUCCUGAUACAGAUUAUAAAGCUGAAAAUAAUGUGGGUGAACUCUGGCUUCGAGGCCCCUCACUUCUCAGGGGCUACUAUAAGAGACCUGAUCUUACAAACGAAGCCAUCACGCCAGAUGGUUGGUUCAAGACAGGUGAUAUUGCAAUUUUAAAACCUGAUGGCACCUUUGCAAUUACAGACAGAGCCAAAAAUUUAGUCAAACUAGCUCAUGGUGAAUAUGUUGCUCUUGAAAACUUGGAAUCGAAAUAUCGUAAUUGCAGUAGCAUUAAAAAUAUUUGUCUGAUCGCCGACAGUAAUAAAUCCUAUAUUGUGGGUGUCGUUGAACCUGUAGACAAUAAUGCUGACAAGGAGACGAUCCUUAAAGACCUUCAACAAUCAGCUACCUCAAGUGGUUGCAGUCGAGUCGAGAUUGUUAAAGAUAUUGUCGUUACUCGUAAUAAGGAUUGGUUAAAGGAAUACAUGACCACCACUGGAAAAGUUAAGCCUUUUGAUGGUUUAGCUGAACAAGCUCCUUUUAGUACACGAUUUUACAAGAAACAAGAUGCAAUUGACCAUGCUCAUAAAUUACUUGGUCAUAACCCAGUGAUUGAUACACAUAAUGAUCUGCCAUUACAUUUAGCUUUUGUUUAUAAUGGUAAAAUCAAUCACUUGAAUUUUACACAUUUUGAUUGGGGACAUACAGAUAUUGAACGUCUUCGUCGAGGACAAGUUGGAGGCGAAUUUUGGAGUAUUUAUUAUGAAUGCGAAGAUAGCAAGGCAAAUCAAGUGUUAAAAGCGAUGGAGAAUAUCGAUGUGAUUAAGCGCAUGAUUAAUUUGUAUCCCGACACUUUCCAUCUAGCAGUUCAUCCAAAGGAGUUCCAACGUGCUAUGCGACGUGGAAAGAUUGCGUCAGCUAUGGGUAUUGAGGGUGGUCAGAUGAUUGCCAACUCGAUGGUAGCACUUCGACAGUUGUAUGAAGCCGGUGCACGAUACAUGACCUUGACACAUAAUUCCUUUGAAAAGGGAUUAGGUUUAACAGAGUUUGGUAAGGAGAUUGUACGUGAGAUGAACAGGCUUGGGAUGAUGGUCGAUAUCUCACAUGUGGCUCAUUCUACGAUGCAUGCCGUUCUGAACGUAACUCGUGCGCCCGUCUUAUUUUCUCAUUCAUCUAGCCAUGCGCUUUGUCCUAUCGAACGCAACGUGCCCGAUGCAGUUCUAAAACGUUUACAUGAAACAGAUGGCGUUGUGAUGGUCAAUUUUUACAAUGCCUUCGUUCAAUGUACUGAUCCAACCAGGAAAGCUACAUUAAGUGAUGUUGCGGAUCAUAUUGAGCAUAUUGCGGCUGUUGCAGGUCAUGAUCGUGUCGGUUUAGGUGCUGAUUACAAUGGUAUCGAAGAAACUCCAGUUGGCCUCGAAGAUGUGUCGAAAUAUCCUGAUCUCUUUGCAGAGCUGAUCCGUCGAGGUUGGUCUGAUGAUGAUUUGAUCGGUUUGGCGGGCAAAAAUUUUCUACGUGUAUGGAAGAAAGUAGAAUUAGUCAAAAGAAAAUUAGCUAAACUUGGAGAAUUGCCUUCAGAAAGUAGAAUUGAAGAUUAUAAUUAAGCAAGGAAAAAAAAUAUAUAUAUGUAUAUAUAUAUAUGUAUAUAUGUAUAUAGGAAAAUUAUACAUUAUCCUUGACUUUCCUUCAUUCCUUCCUCCCUCUCUCCUUUUUUUUUUUCCUUUUGGUUAUUAUUAUCAUUCAUGUUUAAAAUGUAGUAAUUAUUAUUUUUUACACUAGUUAGUGGUAGUGGGAUAUAUUUAAAGUAAAGAAUUUAAAAAAACA